UGGUGGCAGCCUCCACUGAGGGCACCAUGCCAGGCUGGAGGGCACAAUCCUCACUGCUCUGCCUGCUGCUCCUUUCUCAGAUGGGCCUGUCCCUGAACCCCCAGGUCAACACCUGUGAGGCCAAUGGCAGCGUCUACUAUGUUGGAGAGUGGUACUUUCUGGACUCCGAUCACUGCACCCAGUGUGAGUGCACCCCGGAGGGCCCCACCUGUGCCAGGACCGAGUGCACCGCUCUGCCCCCCGCCUGCAUGCACGUCAGCCACUACCCCACCGACUGCUGCCCGCGCUGCGAGAAGAUCGGCUGCGAGUACCGAGGGGACGUGUAUGAGCUCGGAGAGCACUUCCAGCCCUCGGAGUGCGAGCAGUGCACCUGUGACCUGGACGGAAUCGCCCGCUGCCUCGUAGCCGACUGCGCCCCCCCACCAUGUGUGAACCCGGUGUAUGAGAAGGGAGAGUGCUGCCCCCGAUGCAAAGAUGGUCCCAACUGCUACGCCGAUGCGUCUCAGAGCCGGGUGAUUCCCGCGGGGCAGUACGUGUGGGUGGACGCCUGCACCAAGUGUCGGUGUCACGAUGGGCAGGACGUCGGCUACUGGGAAGGAAACCGCCUGGCCAAAUGUGAGAAGACAAAGAACUGCAGUGCGGAGGAGGCACAGAACGUGUAGAGCCACGGGGCCCCCCAGUGUGGACACUGCCCCUCCCCCAUAGUUAUAUCUGUAGCACUGUACGACAUGGUGGCAGCUGAACACGGUCACCCCCAAUUAUACUACAACAUGGUGUACCCAGCAAUAAUCUGUUCGGACAGAGCAGGGGCGGGGCUACAGACUCCUCAUGGGUGGUGACAUUGCACAACCGAAACAAUGU